CGAUAGACUGAGUCCAAACUUUAAAUUAAAGUGUCCAAUCUUGGACCAACACUGAUCAUUACAAGUGUCAGGUAAUAAGGUCUAAUUACAUCCAGGUACAUCUUCAAUGGGUAGCUGAAUAACCUCAGCUUACCAGAAGCAAGCAGGGAGAGAGAGGAAGAAAGGAGUGAGGUAGAAACUAGGGCACUGUGGUCUGGCCCCUUUUUACCAACCACUAGGCACAAGGCAGAAAAAGAGAAAGAAAGAGCCUUGGAGAGCAGGAGAGAGGAGAGGACAUCAGCGGUGUUUUGACGAGGAAACAUCUGGAGUCAACGUCCGAUGUCCAAGACCUGAAGACAGAAAGUAGAACCAACUUUGGCUGCAGUCACACACAGUGUGGCACACACUAGCAUUUCACUUGCUUGAGUCACGCGUGCACUCUCACACACACGCACGCGUGUGUAUGCAUGUGUGCAAAUACAUGCACGUACGCAUCUACAAUUUACUCAAAUACAGGAAGCAACAACAUGUUUGAGGAGCAGGCGACCAAGGUCAAGAUCACGUCUGUGGUGAUUGUUGUUGGCAUGUCGGCCAUGCUGGCGGCAGUGGUGACCGACCACUGGGCUGUCCUCAGCCCGCGGGUGGAAAAGCUCAACGCCACCUGUGAGGCUGCCCAUUUUGGCCUCUGGAGGCUCUGCAAGAAGAGCAUCUUCAUAGUGGAGGAGGACCCUCAGGGCAAGGGAUGUGGCCCCAUCAGCUUACCAGGAGCAAAAAAUUGUUCCUACUUCAAACACUUCACAUCGGGGGAGGAAGCUGAAGUUUUUGAAGUGAAGACCCAGAAAGAGUACAAUAUCUCAGCAGCAGCUAUUGCCAUCUUCAGCCUAUUCUUCAUGAUCCUGGGAACUCUGUGUGUCAUCUUCUCCUUUGGGAAGGGGCGGGACUACUUGCUCCGGCCUGCUGGGAUGUUCUUCGCCUUUGCAGGCUUAUGCAUCAUCAUUUCCGUUGAGGUAAUGCGUCAGUCUGUCAAGCGAAUGAUUGACAGCGAUGAAACCAUCUGGAUUGAAUACUACUACUCUUGGUCCUUUACCUGUGCCUGUGCCUCCUUUACCCUCCUCAUUCUCAGUGGAGUCACUCUACUUCUUAUCUCCAUGCCCCACAUGCCUCGUAACCCUUGGGAGACUUGCAUGGACGCUGAGCCUGACAUCUUAGAUUAGCCACAGGUGAUUCAACAGGCACAUCUGGUUCAAAAUGACAAAAAUUCAAGUGGUUUUGCAUUUUUCAACCCUUUAAUUACCUGUAUCAAUUAUUUUACAGCUGGCAAUAAACAUACAAAAU